AUUUUCUACAUAGACAUCAACCCAAAUCCCAAAAUGGUGGUGACACAAAAAUUCAGCAGAAGAAGAGGAAGAAGAAGAUGAUGAUGAUGACGAAAAGGAAGCACCUCUCCUCCGUUGCUAAUGAUGUUAUUCAUCAAUGCGCAGAGAAAUUGGACACUUCUGUGGAUAAAUUGGUGAGGGAAUUUGAAGCAGAAUGGAUGCCUGAAACAGGAGAUUACUCCAGGAAGUUGGUGGAAUUUUUCGGUUCAAAGGCUCUGAUCACUGAUGUGUGUCGAAAUGUGGAAGAAAAGAUUAGCGACCCAUAUGGAUCAUUUAGCAAGUUCACAUUUGACAUGAUGCUUGCCUGGGAGAAGCCUACCUCUGAGGAUGAGAAUACUCAUACUGAGAGUAUUGCAAAGGAAAAGGAAGAUAUAAAGAAACUUACAGGAGUCAGUAAUGAGCAAGCUGACAUCCCCCUCUUUUACUCGGACCUGAUGCCACUCCUAGUUGAUGAAGGACCAAGUGUUGGAGAAGAUGCUUUUGUGUGGUUGGCGUCGUUAGUUCCAUUAAUUGCUGAUGUUGUUAAUGCAAGAUUCACAUUUGAGACUCUAACAGCACCAACAGGCAACCAGCUCCAUUUUCCUGCAUAUGAUAAAUACCUAAAAGAAAUUGACCAAAGCAUAAAGAAUCUGAAGAAACAAAGUAAGCCAAAAGGCAUGGAGCUAGCUGAUGAUGAAUUUAUAUUGCAUAAGGAGGGUACUGCUAGCACACAGAGAGUAGUGCGCCAUAUUGGAGGAUCAAGUUGGCCUGGUAGGCUUACGCUGACCAACUAUGCUUUAUACUUUGAGACCUCUGGAGUAAUAACAUAUGAUGAUGCUCUUAAGAUUGACCUCUCAAAGAACAUUGAUCACAGUGUGAAACCAAUUGCAACUGGUCCCUGGGGCGCCCCACUAUUUGAUAAGGCGAUAAUGUACGAGUCCCUUGAAUUAUCUGAAGGAGUUAUUCUGGAGUUUCCCGAGAUAACAGGGUCCACAAGGCGUGAUCAUUGGCUGGCUCUUGUGAGGGAAGUUAUAUCAAUGCAUCAGUUUUUGUCAAAAUGUAACUUGGAAUCCUCAUCACAAGCAUGGGAGAUGCAUGCAAGGACCAUAUUAGGGAUUAUAAGGCUCCAUGCAGCAAGAGAAAUGCUAAGAAUUUCAAUCCCUAUACCCACAAAAUUCUUAAUUUUUUCUUUAUGUGAUGAGUUACCAAAGGGAGACUUUGUACUGGAAGAGCUUGCUGAGAGUCUAAAGGGAGUGAAUAGCAGACAUCCAUGUAGUGCAAGCUCAAUACUAAGGAGUAUGAACGCUUCUGUGGCAAUAGUUUCAAGUAAAGAAGUGGAUGAGGCGCACAGAACGAGUAUUCAUGAUCACGAUGACAAUCACACUUCAUUAGAGACUGCCAUUGACCAAGCAAGGAAAGAAGUAAGGGAAAUUAAGGAUGCGAAAGCUAGUACUGAGGGGUUGAAAGAGGAAGGUAUCAGUACAAAUGUUCUCGUUCUUAAGGAACUACUGGAGCCACUUAGAAGUGUGUUCUUGUGGUUUCAAGAAAUUGUAGAAUGGGGAAAACCAGCAAAUACCCUUCUUGCGAUAGCCACAACUCUUCUAAUUAUCUACAAAAAAGCAUUGUUUUGUGAUACAGAGAAUGGGUAGGCAAGGCAAUGUCUCUUAGCUUGCUGCUGGUUGUAGCAAAGAUGCUUCAAGCCAAAAGAAAAAGGAUUCACAACAAAUUGAAUGAAAUUGUUGUAUGCGCUGCCUCUAACCAGACAACAAGAG